AUGGCAGCUCAAGACACCGCCACCACUGAUGAGCGAGAUCUCAUCUGGAAUCCACCCCAUGGCCACGACGGUGGUCAAUUGUUCAAAGCGGUACAAAAUGGCAAUGUCAAUGUUAGUGCCUUGAACGUUUACACACACGAUGGCCCCGGCGAUCAUGAGGUGAUCAAGGCGAUCGAGGUGGAGUGGACCAACGGACAGACGCACAAGUAUGGUCAUGCGUCAGGGCCUUCAACAUCAACGACAUUCCACAAAAGUGAGCGUAUCACAAAAUUCAUCAUUUACGGCGGGGACUGGGUUGACGCUAUCUAUUACGAAUCCACGAGACUUCCUGGCGGUUGGAAGGCUGGCGGGAGUGGGGGCAUCCCUGCUGAGCAAGACAUUGGGAAUGGUGUGUUUGUGGGACUUUGGGGCAACGCUGGAUUUGACAUUGACAGCCUCGGAGGCGUGUUUGAAUCCUCAAAGGACAAAGCGGACAAAUGA